AUGACGAGCGAGAAGGAUGGGGAGAUCUCAGACCUGAGCGACUCACUUGGGCAGCACCCUGAACCGGCUCUUAAUUAUGCAUUUGUUCACACACCUCAGCCCAGUGAUAGCAAGCGGGAUCUCACCUCGACAUGCAGGAUUAUUGGCUGCUUUUUUGUUUUCUUCAUCACCUGGGGUGUCGCCUCCUCAUUCAGUGCCUAUCAAGCCUUUUAUCAGAAGGACUUGCUUGCCUCCCACACACCAUCUGUUAUAUCAUGGGUCGGCACAGUCCAGGUGUCGUUGAUGGGACUCACGGGGAUCGUCUCUGGGGCUCUCUAUGACCGAGGCUAUAUUCGAACGUUGUUGAUUGUCGGUGGCUCAAUGGUCGUUUUCGGUUUUAUGAUGCUCAGCUUGGCCAAAGAAUACUAUCAGGUCAUUCUGGCCCAGGGUGUCUGCAUUGGACUGGGCAACGGAAUGCUGUACAUACCCUCGAUAGCCGUGAUCAGUCAGACCUUCACCGCCAAGCAACGGCCACUCGCUAUCGGAGGAUCAUCGUCUGGAGCAGCCAUCGGAGGCAUCGUCCUGCCCAUCAUGUUCCGUCACUUACAACCGCAGAUCGGCUUCGGGUGGACCAAUCGCAUCUUCGGCUUCAUACUCCUUGGCAUGGUCAUAGCUACUUUCUUCCUGCUCCGGCCAGAUCCAACAUAUAGACGCCCAAAUGGACAACUAUUCGACCCUUCUGCCCUCAAAGAGCCACCAUUCGUGGUUCUCUUGGUCGGCUUAUUCUUUGUCUUCCUUGGAUAUUGGGUUCCGCUGAUCUACAUCACACCAUAUGCCCAGUUCUCCAUCAAAACGAACGUCUCAUACGCGUUUUAUCUCCUCGCCAUUCUGAAUGCGGGAAGCUUCGCGGGCCGGAUCCUCCCUGCCUUCGUCGCACACAAGUUCGGCCCCGCAGUCGUCCUUUCAGCCGGCAGUAUCAGUCUCGGGAUAUUGAUACUGGCGUGGAUCGGGAUUCACAGCAUUCCCGGCGUCACCAUUUGGGCGAUUUUGGUGGGUUUCAUGGCAGGCAUUACAGUGGCAAUCCCUGCCGCGGUCGUGCCUCUGCUCUCACCUACACCGAACGUUGUGGGUGCAAGGACCGGCAUGGCCUGGUCUGGUUCUGCGUUUGCAGGCUUGAUCGGUGGACCUAUCGCCGGUGCCCUUGUCAAUACAACGACGAGCAAUUACGCACAUGGUCAAGCCUUCGGAGGCGCGGCCAGCUUAUUUGGCGGCUUGCUGCUAAUGUAUCCUGCAUUUACCAUUGCCAGGGGAAACAAGCGUUAUCAAAAAACGCGACCACCAACGCAUGACGUUGAGGUUUCGUCUCCAUCUGCCCAGGCCGACCAGGUGACGUCGGCAUAA